AUGCUAGCAUUUUCCGGUUGUUACUUCGGAGGAGGAGACAAGGAGAGACACAAGCUCGGAGAGAUACGAAAACGAUGGGAAACAUUGCCGGACAGCGAUGCAGUUGCAGAGGGAAGGCGAGGUAAAUGUCCGCUUACUCCCCAUGAAGUAGGGUUGAUGUUGAGGGCACUUGGUUUCCAAAACGACACAUACAUCUACGUUGCAUCAGGAGAAAUAUAUGGUGGAGAAGAGACUCUGGCACCACUAAGACAUCUCUUUCCAAACUUGUAUACAAAAGAGACGCUUGCACAUGAAGAGCUGAAGCCUUUUCUUCCUCACUCUUCUUCCCUUGCAGCCAUCGACUUCAUUGUUUGCUACGAAAGCAAUGCAUUCGUCACCAAUAAUAACGGAAACAUGGCCAAGAUUCUCGCCGGUCGAAGGAGGUACAUGGGGCACAAGAGGACCAUAAGACCAAAUGCCAAGAGGCUCAGUCCAUUGUUGAUGGAAAGGGAUCAAAUGGAUUGGGAUACCUUUGCCGAAAAGGUGAGAGAGGUUCAAAGAGGAUUCAUGGGAGAACCGGAUGAGAUGAGAGCCGGACGUGGUGAAUUCCAUGAGUAUCCAUAUUCUUGUAUAUGCGAGAAGCCGGCAAGUGAUAUCGGCGGCAACGAGAGCAGAGAUCAUCGGUUUCAACAGUUUAAAGAAAAUCAAGGAUCCAGGAAGAGAAGCAACGAGGAGGAAAAAGAGGCAGUUGUAGGAGCCAAGGAGGAUGAGCAUGAAGAAGUGUUUCCUGACCAAGUGAACUACAUUUAUGUUAUUUGA